AUGUCAGAACUGUCAGAUGACGAAGUUUCUCUUCAAGCUCUCUUCGAACCUGCGAAGAAAUUAAUAUCCGACAUAGAGGAUGGCGUUUAUACCACAGCCGAACUCCAGCCUCGCCUCAAAACUGGAAUUGAAAAUCUUCAUUCUGUUACAAAAGUAGUCAAUCAACUCAAAUUGUAUUCUUCAAAUGAGCAGAUUGAAGAUGUUCCCACAAAUUCUCUUCCUUAUCUACUGGUUCCUUGUUUUUUGGGAAUUUUCCAUCAAAAUGUGAUAGUUGAUGCCAGUCUGAAGCUUGACGAGUUGAGAAAGUCCAAAGUUUAUCUUCGAAAUUUCUUGGAUCGACUCAGGAAUCUAUGCCUAAUAACAACGAAGUUGCCAUGGGACGAUGAAGACACCGAAGUAAAAGACGACGCUGGAAAGAAAACAAAGAUGUCUGUUGAAGAAAUUCGGCGUUUGAAGUUAGAACGUCACAAGAAAAAACAGGAACUGAAAGUGGCGGAACUGAGAAUCAAGAAACAACUUGAAGCGGUUUCCAUUGACGAGCAGAAUCUGAGAGAGCUAUAUAUUACGCAGCUUCAGUUUUGGUGUGAACGUUCUCACGAAGAACUUCAAGCCAUCGAAGACGAGAUACCGUUGUUGAAAAUGAUGGCUGAACGCUCUGCUCAUCCAAACAGAUACCCGGCUCCAUCAGAACCUUUGAAAACUGUUCCUCAAUUGAAACCUUUCAUCAUUACGAGAGACGCUCAACAAAAGCAAGUGUUUGGCGUCGGAUAUCCAGGCAUUCCAGCUAUGAGUGUCGAUGAAUGGUAUCAUCAGAAAUUCGGAUGUAACCCACACAAUGCGCCACAGUCAUCCGCCCCAGAGCCUCAGCAACAGAUGGAAUCGGAAGAGGAAGACGAUGAUGAAGCAAGAGCAAAGGCAAUGCGAUGGGACGAGUAUAAAGAUGAUCACCGUCGUGGAUGGGGAAACACACAAAACAAAGGAUAA